AUGUACUCACAAUCCUCAGGAUACGGAAACCCUUAUCAAAACCAACAUCAACAUCAUGGAUCUAUCCACAGCACACAUAGUUCCCGUUAUUCCCGUCCAGAAGGAUAUGGCUAUCAAGCAGCGCCCCCUCCUGGCACAGACCCCACGCUCUGGGCGUAUUUCACUGGAGUCGACACGGAUCGGUCUGGAUCAAUUACCGCGAAUGAGUUGCAGCAGGCUCUUGUCAAUGAAUUCGAUCUUGACACUGUGAAGAUGCUAAUGUCGACAUUUGAUGUCGACCGCAGUGGAACAAUAAACUACAACGAAUUUGCUGGUCUUUGGAAAUAUAUACAGGAUUGGCAAAAUGUCUUUCGACAUUUCGACCGAGACCAUUCAGGGACUAUCGAGGGCUAUGAACUCUCAGAGGCUUUGAGAAGUUUUGGUUACAAUUUAUCACCGGACCUCCUCCGUAUGAUUGAACAGAAAUAUGCUUCUGCCCCGAUCUCUGGGUAUGGUCCGCCCCCGGGAAUCACCUUCGAUCGAUUUGUGCGCGCUUGCGUAGUCGUGAAGACGCUUACAGAAUCAUUCCAGAGGGCUGAUGUAAACCGCACUGGAUAUGUCCAGUUCAGUUAUGAACAAUUCAUGUCGAUUGUCUUAAGCGCUCCUUGAAUGAUUCAAGUUAUGAACCGAUAGUCAUGUAUCAAUAAACUCAAUUAUCUGUGUCCUCUUGUAAUUAGUGAAGAACCUAACCACUAUUUUAUGCUGAUAUUGAUUUAACAAAUGGAA